AUGGCACGCGCCCGAGCAGACGCCCCCGCGCUCAACGGCCAUGAUGGUAUCAAGAAGUUACCUCAAUCCACGCGCAAGGUGGGUAAAAGAAGCGUCAAGAUACCGUGGGCCUCGCGUCGACCACGCGCGAAGCUGUCUUAUGCGGAGAAGAAGGCACUGCGUGAGAAGUCGAAGGUCUACAAGCAGACGCUCAACAACAGGCUCGACGCCAUCCGGGAUGAGGUAUGGGACCACGCUGUAUCGCUCCACGAAGACCUGGGCAAGCACAGCGCGGCGUGGUACUACCGCCUCAUCCUCCACCAGAGCAACAUCCGUUUCAAGGAGCCACGCGCCCUCUCACUGUGGAAUGCGUUCGUCAGCCAAGAGCUUUGCGCCCACAACCAAGACCUGAACACCAAUGACCGUGUGUCGUCUGGGUUCAUCAAGACCCUCGCCGAGCGCUGGGCUGCGAUGUCCAAUGAAGAGCGCGAAGAUGUCUCUCGCGACAAGGUCGAGGAACUGAACGAGCGGCGCGAGGAGCGGGGGCGUCCAGUGCCUAACCUCGCCGUCGCAAAUUUCAACGAUACUCGCGCCACACUCCAGGAUGUCGCCAAAGAGCUCAAUGAUCUCCACGAGCGCACCGGCGUGGAGGUCUUGCUCUUCGCGUGCCGCGGCGACCAGGCCAAUCACCUCAAGCCUUGGGUGUACCGGACCAGCGAGCGACUUGAGGAAUUCGUGGAGCUGUUCAGUGGCGCGACGUUGGGCAAGCUCGCUGCGCGCAUCGAAGCAUGGUGUCUCACUGGUAUCAAAGGCUUGACAAAGAAACACAAGAACACGGUCUUGGAGCUUAAGUCGAAGGUCGGUACUCUCAUACUCGAGAAGCUCCACGCGACGUCGACGCGGGGUAAGCCCUCGGCGAUGUCUUACCUCGACUUUGCAAACAGGAUCACGCUCAAAUAUGGCGUCGUCCUUGAGAACUGGCCCGUCGAAGUGUUCCAAGCCCCUGGCCGGUUCAACUCCCUCAACCUGGGAGGGGGGACGACGGCGUUCCGACUCCUCACCGACGAGGAGUUCACGGCCUGGCGUGAGGCUUACGACGCGCACCUCAGCCCAAUGGCUGUUACAUUCAGUGAGCAAGUCAUCACACCCACCUCCGCGCCGGCAUCCUCCCCCACUCCCGUGCGCCACACCUCACCUGCGCUCCCUGCUCUCUGGUACACCUGCGCCCGCGUCCUACGCCCCGCCCGCGCCCCUGGCCUGCCCGCGCCCGCGUCCUACGCCCCGCCCGAGCUCUCUGGUACACCUGCGCCCGCGUCCUACGCCCCGCCCGCGCCCCCUGGCCUGCCCGCGCCCGCGUCCUACGCCCCGCCCGCUCCCCCUGGCCCGCCCACGCCUGCAUCCCAUGCCCCGCCCGAGCCCCCUGCUGCUGUCGCUCGGAGUUGA